AUGUUGACAUCUCAGUCAUCCUUCUCUAAAAUGAUGAGUUUAUUCAUCACACACAAGCCAAUGGAUGUAGGCAUGCAGAUAUUGCAGAAAAAUUUCAAAGAUAUUGACUUCCCACACAAUUGGAAAGAUAUGACAAGAAAAGAGUUUCUUGAACAUGCACGCAAUGCUGAUGUAAUUUAUGCUAGAGGCAGUGAUCUCAUCAAUAAAGAUGUCCUUGACAGUCCAAAGCUUAAGAUGGUAUCAGCUGCCGCUGCUGGAGCUGAUAAAAUCGAUAUGGAGUACGCUACUAAGAGAGGUAUCAUCGUUUCAAACACACAUCUCUCAUUAGCUGACACAUACGCUGAUACUUUAAUGGGCAUUUUAAUUGCCUGCUCAAGGAGAAUUGUUGAAGGAGACAAUUAUGUCCGCUAA